AAUGAGAAAACCAACGAUUACCGUUCGGCUAGUGCAAUGGAAUUCUCGUAAUGUUCAUGAAUAAAUAAGAGAAGAAUGUGAUUUGCAUAAAUUAAUCGUUGUGACAGUCCGUUUUAGAUUUAUUUAUUUAAUAGUUAUGUCGAGUUUUAUUUAAGUUUUUUUUUACGACUAAAAAUUCGUUAACUGUGAUACUCUUUAUUUCAUUUUUUUUUUGUUUUUAUUGCAUUCGCGUUAGUCUGAUUUUUUUUUUCUUAAUAUUAAUAUCUAGAUUGUAUUACAAACGCGUAGGUAGAUGAUUGGUCAGUGAAAGACAUGGGCAAUAUCAAAAAAUGUAUAAAUUAUCUAAAAGACCCGGCACUGGUAGCACGCUUUCAGCGAUUCUUCGGAGUGGUCCGUUUAGGCAACCAACAAGAAGAGAGCGUUGUAUUUACGCCGGCCGAAAACGGCGAAUGGAAAACCAACGGUAGUGUCGUACUCAAAAGAGACGACGGCGAUCACCGGAUUACCAAUAAAUUUUGGUUCUACCUGUUUUUCCUGGGCACGUACCUCGGCGACGAAAUUGGAUAUUCGAUUAUCAUACCGUUUUUCAUAUGGAACAUAGACUCGGCGAUUGGACGAAAAAUGGUGCUCGUUUGGGCCAUCGUUAUGUAUAUUGGUCAAUCAAUAAAAGAUAUUAUUCAAUGGCCGCGACCAGCUUGUCCGCCAGUCGUGAGAUUACAGAAAAAAUGGUCAGUAGAAUACGGCAUGCCUUCGACUCAUGCGAUGAUUAGCAUUGCAUUGCCCUUUUCUGUUCUACAUUACAUUUCCAAUAGAUAUCAAAUUGAUUACACAAUUGCGAUAGGAUUAGCACUGGUGUGGUGCGUUUUAAUCACGCUUAGUCGUUUAUACUUGGGCAUGCAUACGGUCUUGGACAUUAUCGCUGGUCUGUUAUUAGCAACUGUUUUGCUAAUUCCAUUCGUACCUAUUGCGGAUAUUCUCGAUCGUUUUCUUAUGUAUUUUAAGUGGACCCCACUUGUUUUGCUUACGACUACUGUGUUACUUAUUCUCGUUUACCCGACCGGCGACCAGUGGACACCUACUAAAGGAGACACUAGCCUGAUUUUGGGUACUUGUGCGGGUAUUUUAACUGGAGGUUGGCUUCUAGUGACGUUAGGUAUUCAAAACGAAUACCGAGCUUUAAAUCCAACCAAUAACCAUGUUGACUGGCCUUCGCUCAAAGAUAUAGGGAUGAUUGUGAUCCGAAGCGGAUUGGGUUACGCUUGCAUAGCAGUGUCUUUUCUGAUUGUCAAGUAUGUAUUUGUCGUCGUCGAUGUGUUGUUAACAAAAUGUGGUGUAACGGUAACAGACAGCAAUUUGAACAGACACAUUGCCGUGUUAGACAAUACGUACAAGUAUUUGACAUUUUAUCUAGUGUCCGGCGUUACUAUAUUUGUGAUACCGUUAUUGCAACGAGAAUUACAUGUGCAAAGACUGUCGUUUUACAACGAAGCCAAAUAGUUGUUAUUAUUAAAUAAAUAUAAAUUUUAUGGAUGUACGGUUACCACUUUUCUCAAUUAAACCGCAUUAUGUAUGUCUCAAUUAUGUAUCGUACCAAUACUUAAACUGCUUGGCGUAUUAAUUUAUUGUUUAAUUAAAUCCCAUGAGUUCAAUUUGUGACGAAUAAUUUAAUCGGCGUUCUUCAUGGCUCUAAACACUACUUCUCAGUUGUAAUUCCUAAUACUAAAAUUUACACUGUUAGUAACACGACAGAAAUAAUUUAUUCUAUUGGACACCAUAGUGUUACUAAAAUAGUAUUUAAUUAUUUUGAUUUUGUUAUUUUAUUUGAUCAAAUAAUAUUAAUAGUAAUAAAUUAUAUGUAUUUUAUAUUUACUGCAGUGAAUCUAUACUUGAUCGCUUAUUAUAUUAUUAUGCCGUUGAGAAUUACACUAGUACACUAAACUCGACAGCAUAAACAAUACGGUCUUGAGGAUGUCAUAUAUAAAAACAGCUAACCUAAUAUACCUAUAUAUUUUUUAAAACAUUAA